CAAUGUGAUCUAUUUCUACUUCUAUGACCCUUUAAAGAAAAUGACAGUGAUCAGUAUUAUUUUAUUAGGAUGAGUAGCUUAGGGUAUCAUAAAUGUUGUGAUACACGUUAGUUUUACUGAAAGUAGAUCGAUCAUAUGAAUUGCGUCACAAAUGAAUGCAAAGAGUGAACCAUUAUGUCCUUAUCGUUUACUCCAUAGAUUUGCGAAAUCUUUCGCUUUAGCGUGUACUAUCUUUCCUGAUCUUGUAAACAUUAUUUUGGUCAUUCGGUACAAUAUAACAUAGGUUUAAUUAAACACCACGAUUUUGCAUGUAGUUCAUCAUGUUCAAAAUCUCGAGUACCGUUUUUAAAUUAUUUUGUAGCUCAGAUGUAAAAUGUUUUCAUCUGACUUCUCGAUACCGUUCAUUGACUUCUUUAAAUUUGUUUACGCGAGAACACGAUGAAAUGAGGAAGACUGUCAACAAGAUUAUCGAAAAAGAUAUUAAUCCUUUCGUCGACGAAUGGGAAAAAGCCCAUAAAUACCCAGCAAAGCAAGUUUUCCAGAAACUUGGAAAUGCAGGACUUCUUGGAAUAACUAAGCCAACUCAGUAUGGGGGUCUAGGAUUGGAUUAUUCAUUCACUGUAGCAUUUCUUGAAGAACUGAGUAAUAUUAAUUGUUCUGGUGUUCCUAUGAGUAUAGCUGUACAGACAGACAUGGCUAUUCCAGCUUUAGCAAGAUUUGGAAGUGAAGAAUUAAAGCAAGAGUUUCUAGCUCCCACAAUUGCUGGAGACAAAGUUGCCUGUAUUGGAGUUAGUGAAGUUCAUUGUGGAUCUGAUGUUGCUAGUAUUUCUACAAAAGCUGUCAGGAAAGGAGAUGAUCUUAUUAUUAAUGGAGGUAAAAUGUGGAUUACCAAUGGAACUCAAGCAGACUGGAUGUGCAUGUUAGCCAAUACAAGAGAUGGUCCACCACAUAAAAACAAGUCUCUCAUAUGUGUACCACUGAAUUUACCAGGUAUAUCUUUUAACAUCAUACAUAAACUGGGAACUUGUAGUUCUGACACAGCUCAGUUUUUUUUUGAAGAUGUGAAGGUACCAGCAAAAAAUAUUAUUGGUGAAGAGGGCAUGGGUUUUAUAUACCAAAUGUUGCAAUUUCAAGAUGAAAGACUUGCUGCUGUUAUUGGAGUUCCACCUAGAUUGAGUCAAAUCAUUCAAGCAACAGUAGACUAUUGCAAAGAAAGAAAAGCAUUUGGUCAACCUAUUAUAAAUAACCAAGUCAUACAUUAUACUCUUGCUGAAUUACAAAGUGAAGUUGAAGCACUGAGGUCUUUAAUAUAUCGAGCUGCAGCAAUGAUGAUUGAUGGCCAAGAUGUAACUUUGUUAGCAUCUAUGGCAAAACUAAAAGCUGGAAGACUUGCUCGAGAAGUUACAGAUAAGUGUCUUCAAUUUUGGGGAGGUAUGGGUUACACUUCUGAUGUUAACAUUAGUCGUGCAUUUAGGGAUGCACGACUUAUAUCAAUUGCUGGGGGCAGUGAUGAAAUUAUGUUAAGUAUUAUUUCCAAAUUUAUGGGUACAUUUCCCAAAACAAAGUGAUUCGCUUAAGUGUACUUUAAAUUAUUUCUCUAUAGCAUAAUGUAAGACUUGCUUUUUAUUUUAUUUUUCAUGGUAAAAUUAUUGAAAACAACUUUUCAUAAUGAAACAAUAUACCAAAAACAUAAGUGUUUUGUAUAUUAAAGUGGGUGAAAUGUUAAUGAUUAAUCGGUGCCUUAAAUAUUUUACAGAUUGAUUUUAAUAAUUAAUCAUUUAUAAUUAUUUUUAUUACUAUAUUGUAAACAGUAUAAUUCCAUUUUAUAAAAUAUAUAAUG